AUGGUGUCCUCUGUUCUUGCCUCGCAUUCUCCUAUUCCUCGCAAGGCGGAAAGGCAUGCUUAUUUUAGCGUACCAGCAGUCCAAUCGCUAACCCGUCUGGAUCGCCUUCUCGCCUUCAAAGCGUUGGGCGACUAUCGGGGCGAGACGCAGCUAUUUGGGGAUUCGGGAAAGGAACAGGCAAUGGCGAAAGGCCCCUGGAACGGACGCAGGGCGGCAAGGAAAGACUGCGCAAAUCCAAGCGAUGCGGCGCAUGAAAAUGGAAAGCCAUGCAACCUGCUGUCCAAUGAUGGAGGGGAAAGCGACCAAGCGGCCUAUGCGCACAGGGGGAAAAGCACCCCCGUUGCUGGCCAUCCUUUGCGAGGCUAUAUCCCACAGUCUGUCGCUCCGGGCAAAUCCCUUUUGGCGCUCCUGUAUUGCGCCUUUUCCCCAAAGGCUGUGCUGGUCGUCAGGCUCAUCACGAUGGAAUCUGAUUAG